CGAAGCUUGGAGUAUAGUUUUCUAAAGUCUUUGUUCUAGACCAGUUCCCUUCACUUCCGCUCUGCAAUUCGAAAUCUCUUUCUUCGCAAAGACGUGAAGAAAUACUUCUCUUCUCCAUUUGUGCGCUGCAGCCAUGUCAACACUGCUCAUACGAGGUCAAGUACUGGUACUGGUUGCCAGUAUCUACUCCCUCGCUGUCAGGGCUGAAACCGCCCAUGAACAAUCUUCCAGCAGCAAACAUAGCGUUGAAGGCAAAGAUGACCCCACUAUCGCUUCGCUCGAGAAUCAAAGAUUCACGAAAUUUUUCUUUGUUGCGCUCUUGUCUGUGGUGGCAGCUAUAGCGUGUUAUCAGAUUGCUCUCCAAGGGGUCCGAUAUCUUCGGACCUUGGUUUGCAUGGGCACAACGUCACAACGAUACUUUACAAGGCCUCACAAGUUAUUUGCUUCAAUGAAACAGCACAUCUUCUACGCUCCUUUGUUUUCGGUUAGGCACAAUCAAGAGUUCCGCCUGUCUUCCGCGAUCAAUUUUGGUACACUACCAACACGUUUCCAAGCCUUAUUUUUACUUGGCUACUUAGGAAUGAAUGCUUCAUUCUGCGCUGUGAGCAUUGAUUGGAGCAAGGACAGACAAACUGUCCUCGAAACCUUACGCAAUCGGAGCGGGGUUCUGUCGAUUAUAAAUAUGCUUCCCUUGGUCCUCAUGGCCGGACGCAAUAACCCUUUGAUAUGGAUCCUCGGCAUAUCUUUUGAUACAUAUAAUCUCCUACAUCGUUGGUUUGGCCGCAUUGUUGUAUUGGAGGCUUUAGUACACACUCUGGCGUGGACAAUAUCAACAGUUGAGAAAUCGGGCUGGCCGACAGUAGGCACUGCGCUGAAGCACAGUAACAUGAUACUUACUGGUCUUAUUGGAACCGCCGCUCUUGUUGUGAUCUUUCUGCAAUCACCCUCAGCUGUUCGUCACGCAUUCUAUGAAGUAUUCCUUCAUUUACACAUUGCUCUUGCGAUCGUAGUAAUAAUAGCGGUUUGGGCCCACUUGCAUCGUUGUCCUCGAGAACGGCAGGUCUUAGUCGGCGUAAUAGCAGCAUGGGGAUUUGAACGCACUAUGCGAUUGGUCUCACUUGUUUACCGAAAUUUUGGACAAUCGAAAACGACGGCUAUGGUGGAGACAUUGCCUGGAGAUGCUCUUCGAAUCACGGUAAAAUUGGCACGCCCCUUCAGCAUCGUUACUGGUCAUUAUGUUUAUUUAUAUAUGCCCACGGUGGCCUGGUGGACAUCUCAUCCAUUUUCGGUAGCUUGGAGCGAAGAGCAACUGGAUGAGGAGGACUCUAUACAAAAAGAUGAACCGAUACUACAGCGCAAUAGCCUCGAGCCGCGCAGUUCCUACAUAUCCUUGAUCGUACGCCGACGAACGGGUUUCACAGACAAGCUCUUCCAAAGAGCUGAGGCUGGUGUGCAUGGCCGGAUUCAUGUCAACGCAUUGAUUGAAGGCCCUUACGGGCGCCAGCAAGACUUGCACUCUUAUGGCACGGUCAUGUUAUUUGCUGGAGGCGUGGGAAUCACACAUCAAGUCCCUUAUGUUCGCAACCUUGUCGAGGGAUUCGGAAAUGGAACAGUUGCUACUAGGAAGAUUAUUCUUGUUUGGAUCAUACAAAGUCCGGAACACUUGGAGUGGAUUCGCCCGUGGAUGACGACAAUACUCGGAAUGCCUCGCCGACGGGAAGUCCUUCGCAUUCUCUUAUUCAUUACCCGUCCGCGAUCGACGAAGGAGAUUCAGAGUCCUUCUGCAACAGUUCAAAUGUUCCCGGGAAGACCGAAUAUUGAUACGCUCCUUAGAAUCGAAGUAGAGAAUCAAAUUGGAGCGAUGGCUGUCACUGUCUGCGGAACAGGUACGCUGAGCGAUGAUGUUCGGCAGGCAGUUCGCUCUCGCCAAUUGAAAUCGAACAUCGAUUUCAUAGAAGAAUCUUUCUCCUGGUGAGAGAUUGUCAGUCAUGCAAAGUAUACAUGGACAUUUGAACUUCCAUGCAUGCUUAGGUGCCUAUCGAUUGGAGAGAGCUGUUGUCUGUCACGUAACUUUGGAUAUUGUUCGGAUAUUGUUCUGCGUU